AUGGCUGAAGAUGAGGAGCAAGUCCCAGACGGUGACGCAGAUCAGGGUGAGAACGAAGCCGAUGCUGGCCAAGCAGAGAACGAGGAGGAGGACAUGGACGAAGCCCCUCAGGAGCAGGAAGACGAACCGCCAGAAGAGCAGGCAAGCCAACAUAGCGACCCCCCAGAUGAGCAGCCAGAUGACCAGCAAGAACAUUGUGAACAAGACCGGUACGAGCUAGAGGAGGACCCAGCUGACGAGCAGAUGGAAGAUGAGACAGAGCCGGGCGAGAGACAAGAGCAGCAAGAUGAUCAGCUAGAUGGAGAUCGCGACGAACCCAUGGAAGAAGUCCAGGAGGAGGGAGACGGACCUCCCGCAGAGGACGAUGAGCAAGAUUUGGGGGGUGCAGGCGGUGAGUCUGACAGGGGUGACGUGAAGGUUGACCAUGGAGACCUGGAGACUGCAGAGCAGGAUCACAACACAGCCGAAGCACCCCAGGACAAGGACGAAAAGGACCAGGAUCCCAGUUCCAAGGACACGAAUCACCCAGGGCGCUGCGAGGUGGAUCUGGAAGAAUCAGAGAAAGAUCCGGCAGAGGCAGAGGAGGCCGACGUUCCGGAAUGGGAAGGCAAGGAGGAAAUCCAGCAGCCGUACGUUGAGUGCGAGGAGGAUGCACCGACGGAUGACAGGGAAAGGGUUGAACCGGGCACCUUUGCUGUCAGUUCCUUUCACUCCACUUUGAACGUCAUGACUCCCGAUGGCAAGCUUCUAAUGCCGGUCAGUGACCGUGGCUUUCAGCACUUAGUAGCAUGCGCCCGAUCCACCGCUGGACUGAAGGAUGGCAGGUAUCUCUUCGAAGUGCGAAUCGUCGAGCUGCGUCGGUCAGUCGAAAAUGGAAAGCAGCGUGUCCCAAGGCAGUUCUGCGGAGUUGGCUUUUGUGCAGAGGGCUCGUCCCUCUUUUUGGGUGACGAUGAGCGGAGCAUGGGUUUCGAUUCAGAAGGUUGCUUAUGCAAGGAUGGCCGAAAGAGCUGGAUGGAUGGCUUGAACGAUCGCAUCCGGCUGGACAGGCAGCUUGUUAUCGGAGUUCUCUUGAACCUAGACGCGCAGAGUCCGAAUGCCAACACGCUUAGCCUCUUCGUCAAUGGCGAACGUUUGGGAAGACCGCAGUGCUUGCCCGAGACUCUCAAGGGCAAGACGCUGUUCCCUCUCGUCAACUUUAAGAAUGUGACACUUCAUGCCAACUUCUCCGGGCACAUGCCGUUUGCACCUUUGCCGUUCGCUUGUCGGACGCUGCAAGAUGCAGCCCAGGAGGAUGUUGAAUCCCACGACGUGAAGGAGAGUCAGUGCCAGGUUCUCAUUCCGAUCGGCCUGCCAGAUGAGGGGACCUUUGCAUGGCUCGAUAAUUUCAAAGAAAAGGGUCAGUUUACAGAGCUUUCUGGUCGAAGUGUCAAGGAGUGGGCUAUGAAGAGUGGCUUGUGGUCCCAGGGGCACGGUCGCAAUUUCAACGACCAACCUUCCAUGGACUUCGGCUUGAAGGAGCUGGACGGUGGCACGACCAGACAGGUUUUUCAUGCUAUUGCUCCGCGCCUGCAUCGAAACUACAUUGUCAUGGAGGUGCAGAGGAACCUCUUGGCAGAAGAUCGUCGAAAGGCACUCGCGGCUUUCAAUGCUCCGCAUUUCAAGCGUGUGGCCAUGGUUGUCAUGGGAGAGCCACCGGAGGACUUCAAGGUAGAGGUUCGCGAGAAUCUUCUUCAAGCUCGCAAAGAUAAGGUCGCUGCCGAAGUAAGAAAAGCCAAGCGGCCUUCAAAAUGGGAUAAUGGGUCGCAAGCUGUGAGUUCGGCAGAGCUGGAAGCGGAAGUGAAAUCCAAGGUCGACGAAGUGAAGCUGACAGACUGUGAAAUGCAGUCUUGGUUCCAGAAGAAGAAUGAUGGUGACAUUCCCGAGAAAGAGCUGGCGAAGGUUUUUUCUGACUUCAGCUUGCCAACUGCAGAUGAGGGUUUCCAGGAGAUCCAGUUCAUGUGGCAAGGUGAGAAGGAGUGCUUGGAGCACAUGCAGAAGUGGAUUGCUGAAAGAAAGUUGACUCAGAGGGUGGAGGAUCUGAAGCCCACUGAAUGGUUCAAGAAACAGGCCGAGCUGUGGCAACAGUCCAUGAUGAAGUGGAAGCGCAAGUUUGAAGACUGGCAAGAUCCACUUAAAAGGAGGCGCCUCGAGGACGAUGCACGGCGUCGACGGGAGGAGCAGCCUCAGGAAAAGGAGAAGCCAUUGCCAGUCGGCCGACUGGAUGAGAAAGUUGUGGACUUGGAUGAGGACGAGCCCCCCAAGCCGCAGAAGCCGCCGGACAGUUGCGACGAUGUGGAUCCUUGGACGCUGGAGGACUUGUUGGACAUCGGCACGGGCGAACCGUUGUUUUCAAAGUUCACUUGGGAAGAUUGGAUGAUGUUGGAACUGCGGUUUCAACUGCAUGUUCUUGUCCAUGGGUACAAACACUGCAUGAACGACCCCGGACGGGUCUCAUUCCACGAGAGCCACACGCAGUUCUAUUUCGAAACGUUCUGGGGGAGAGAGCUUUCCCUCAGAAACUACGGAGUUGAGUCGAUUGCGGAACUCCUCCGAAUGGUCAGAGACACCAUUGAGGUGUUGCCAAACAAUUCCGUCCUAGAUCCGCAGCUGUCAGACGACACUCCACUGGAAAACUUCGUCAGGCUGACGGAAGAUUACCGGCGCGACCGCCUUCGCAAGCUCGAUGCUGGAGAUCAGACAGCAGCCUUGCGUUUGCAGAAGCCACAGGCUCAUGCUCACGCCCCACGUCAGUUUCAAGCUGACGAUCGCCGACAAGGCGGCAGGGGCUUCGAACGUGGGCUGCAGGCGGCGGCGGUGGCGGUGGAGGCGAGCGGGACCACAGGUCCAAUCGAGGUGGAGAGAGCCGCAAAGAUGUCCCCCGCGGCAACCGGCCCCCACCUGCUCCUCCCGUUCCCCGGUCUCAUGCAAGAGACGCUGGUGGAGCGGGUCAGAAACGUGCAUAUGGUCAGGGACCUGGGCGUGACGACCGCGACCGACACCGUGCAUCACGGAGCCGCCAUGACCGCGACGGCCGGGACGGGAGGCACCAGUAUGCCCCACAUAAAUCACAAAGAACCCAAAGCGCCGGUCCCAACGCGCGCGGUCCUGGCGGAGGAUACGCUUCCUAUGGUGGAGGGGGCUACAGAGGUCGUCCUGGUUCCAGAGGCUGAUGAGAUCAUUUGUAUCACCGCGUGCGGUUCAACCGUGCUUGCAGCAAUAAAGUCAGACAGCCCAUGCCCGGCGCUUGUGAGCGCAGGCGAUCCGGAAGAAAGACUUGUGCUUGCAAUUAAAGGCAGCAUGGAGUGGGUGUACGGAUUAGGCGCAUGCGCACGCAAGCGCGUGCCCGUGCAAGGUCAGCCACAGCUUCGUGGGCUUCGCGUCAAAAUGCAACAAAAGGGGUCGAAAGCAAAGGCAGCAGCCAAGACGGUCACGAAAUGGGAUCAGGCGUGGGAUCGCAACCGGAUUUGGAGUGUGAGUGGGAGCAAAAGCUUCAAGAAGGCAUUGCUUGGUCAUUGGCGGGGAACUAGCAGACUGGGCGUGCCCCAGUCGUACGAAGUGUUGGAGGAUCGGGGUCAGUUGUGGUGCAAAAAGACUAUGUUGAGAGGUCGCUUAAGCCCCUCUUGGCGCAGGAUCAGCAUCAACAGAAACAAGGCCACUUAUGGCACCGGCGACAUGAGCCUGGAUUUCCGAGACGUCAAGAAGCAGCCUGGAAAACUGGUCUGGAGGUCUGAGAGAAACUGGAACAAGACGUUCACUUGGCGCUGGGCUGGUUGGUGA